AUGGACACCUUCCAUUUCGCGACCUGUCGUGGUCUCUCCCCCCGAGUAAAACUUGUUCAGGUUUCCUAUCUUUCCUCUAAGCACUGCACGCGGCACUGCAUCCUGACAUUCCAUUACGAUGGAAGCAACGCCAGUUUAACCGUGGAUCACUUCAACCGUCUGUCUCAACAGAAUCAACGCAGCAAGCUGAUAUGGAUUGAGAAUGAUGCCCCGCAAGUUCAGGAUUCUACCCUAUAUUCACCGAACUAUACCUGCCCCAAUCUGGGAGAUAUCGCAUAUGAGGUCAACGCAAGCGACUAUCCAGACGUAACACACAGUUGUUGCGGCUUCAUAAAUGGUUUUAUCGAAAAGUAUACAAAGAACAAGUAUCUUUUACACUCCGAUAUAACAUCCUUCCAGCAUGAUGAUCUACGUGGCCAGGAAACAGUCAGCAGACACUCUGCGCAGUGA